AUGGAUAUAAAAGUAGAGUUUCUUAUCCCACAACUGGAAAUUUUCAAAGUAUUAAUGAAGGAGAAAAAACUAGAAUAUUUUGCUGAGGUCUUAGACGCUGUGAAAAAUUUGGAUCACAAUACACAGCAAAUGAUUAAUGAAGUACUCACCAUAUGUAAACUCCUAUUGGUUAAUCCGGCAACCAGCGCAACUGGUGAAAGAUCAUUUUCAACUGCACGACGAAUAAAAACAUGGCUUAGAGCAAAUAUGUCACAGAGGAGAUUCAGUCAUCUGGCGAUAUUAAAUACCCAUAAAAUACGAGGUGACAAUAUACGGUUAUUGGACGUAGCCAAUGUAUUCGUGUCCAAGAAUGACAACAGAAACCGUAACUUUGGUUCAUUUAUGGAGCAGGAUCUCUGUUACAAUCUCAACAAUAAUCUUUAA